AUGUACUUGAUCAAGAUUCUUUGGCUGACGGCUGCGCAAAACAUUGACGUCGUCAAACUCUACAGCCAGCUUGUGAAAUCUGAAGACCAACUCACUUAUUACAACAGUAAAGUAGGCACGCACGCACGCCCAUCAUGGCGCUCUCUAACAUAUGUCUAUCAUUGGCUGAGCAGCAAGGUGGAUUUGCUUAUAGCCUGGAAUCUCGAAAGCGUGAUACUGGCAGCCUAUCGAUGGAUAUCAGAAAACUAUCAAGAUGGUGAUAGGAUUUACCUUUUUGGGUUUUCUAGCGGUGCCUACCUAGCUAGAGCACUCACUGGAAUGAUACAUCGCAGAAAAUCUCAGCGCAGACAUGCCUGGGCGAGUGAACUUGCUGAAACGUUCAAGAGCACAUUCUGCAGGUCGCACGUCCACAUCCAUUUCAUCGGCGUAUGGGAUACUGUAUCUUCGGUUGGCGUCGUGAGGGGCAAGACGCUACCUUCGACCACUGACGGCGAUCACCAUAUGUGCUAUUUCAGACAUGCCCUUGCCUUGGAUGAGCGGCGAGUCAAAUUAUAUCCAUGUGGCGGAGGCAAUCGACUCAACGAGAAGCUUCAAUCAGGCGACAUUCCAUUGCUAUGGAUGCGAAAGGAGACUGUCGAGGCAGACUUGAGGAUGAAGCUUACCGAAGUCGUCUGGAAGAUGGAUGACCUGAGCAUGUGGUGGUUGCUCGAAUUCGCUCUUGUCAAGCGGUCACGCGUUCGGGUACGUGCUUUAAGCUUUUCGCCGCGCACUGAUGAAUUCACUAGAAUCUCCUGA